AAUCUCCUCUCAGAUAAAUCUCCUUCCUCUCGCCAUGUCCAACCACGUCAACGGUGUCAAUGGUGUUAACGGCGUCAACGGCGUGAAGCCUGUAUUUCCAGAAAAUGCAGCUUCAAAAGAAUAUGCCAAAGCCUUAGACGCGGCCGAUCCCCUGGCGUCAUUUCGGGAUAAGUUCAUCAUUCCCUCCAAGGCCAAUAUUCAAUCCAAGAGACUCGCGAAGCCCAAUAUUUCAGCAGAUCCGUGCAUUUAUUUCUGUGGGAAUUCUCUCGGUCUCCAACCCAAAGCUACGGCAAAGUACAUGGAAGCACACUUAGAUACAUGGGCAUCGAUCGGUGUCAACGGACAUUUCACUAAGAUCGAGGAUUCUCCGCUUGACCCAUGGUGGGUGAUGGCUGAGCAAGCGGCAGGCUCGAUGAGCAAGCUUGUCGGAGCAGCGCCGGAGGAGGUUAUUGCAAUGGGCACGCUCACAUCAAACUUGCAUCUACUCCUUGCAAGCUUCUACAAACCCACUGCCACUAAGCACAAGAUCCUGCUAGAUUGGAAAGCAUUCCCUAGUGAUCACUACGCUAUCGAGUCUCAUAUUGCUUGGCACGAUGGAUUAGACCCAAAGAAGUCCAUGGUUCUCAUUGGCCCAGAUGAGGGCGAGUAUGAGAUCCCCACGCAGAAAAUCCUCUCAAUCAUCGACGAGCACGCCGAUGAAGCUGCCCUAAUUCUUCUUCCGGGGAUCCAGUACUACACUGGACAAUAUUUUGAUAUCAAUACAAUCACCGAGUACGCACACUCGAAAGGACUUAUGGUUGGAUGGGAUCUGGCCCAUGCUUUCGCCAAUGUCGAGUUGAAGCUUCACGAGUGGGAUGUAGACUUUGCAGUGUGGUGUACCUACAAGUACGCUAACGCUGGACCCGGAUCAAUGGGUGGUCUCUUCGUUCAUGAGAAGCACGGGAAGGUGGACUACAGCCAGGGAGAGGAUUCUCCGCAGUUCCGACACAGGCUCGCGGGCUGGUACGGUGGUGAUAGGUCCGUCAGGUUCAAGAUGGACAACAAAUUCAGACCCAUCCCGGGGGCAGGGGGAUUCCAGCUCUCCACCUCUUCCGCUACGGAUCUCACCUGUCUUAACGCUUCACUUUCCAUCUUCGAUCAAACGUCAAUUUCCGAAUUGCGCCGGAAGUCUGUGCAACUGACCGCUUACCUUGAAUACUUGUUGUUGAAAGACACAACAGACGAAACCCGCCCAUUCCGUAUUAUUACCCCCUCUAACCCCGAAGAACGAGGCGCGCAGCUAAGUCUCCUCCUCAAGCCCGGUCUGCUGCAAAGGGUCGCCGACAAGCUGCAGUCUGCAUCGAUUGUUUGCGACAAGCGCGAGCCCGGCGUUGUCCGUGUUGCCCCUGCUCCUCUGUACAACACCUACAGCGAGGUGUGGCAAUUUGUGGAACAGCUGAAGGCUGCAUUCCAGGAGUAAAGUUAAUCGCGUCCAAUGGCAUUAUUAGGAAGCGUGUACACUGUUCAAAUCUCCGUAUGGCUGGAAGCGCUCUUGAUAGAGCGAUACUUGGGCAAAGCGGAGGAACCGGGACUGUUUCAAUCUAGACACUCGUAGAUACUCGUAGAGCAGGGAAAAUGACCUACCAACUAUGAUCAA